AUGCCGAAGCACGAGUUCUUUGUAGAGAUGACUUGUGAAGGCUGUUCUAACGCUGUCGCUCGGGUCCUCAACAAGUUAGGAGGAGUUGAGUUUGAGAUCGACCUGCCCAACAAGAAGGUUGUCAUCGACUCUGAGCACAGCGUGGACACUCUGCUGGAGACGCUGAAGAAAACAGGGAAGACUGUUAACUACAUCGGCCCCAAAGAGUGA